CUAAGGUUAUACAAGAAAACCUCUGGGAAUGGCACACUUACCCUUUACCUGGGAAAGAGAGACUAUGUCGACCAUGUUCAGAAUGUGGACCCUAUCGAGGGAGUGGUGAAAAUUGAUUCUGCAGGCCUUGCAGGCAGGAAAGUGUUUGUGAAGCUGGCGUGUGCCUUCCAUUAUGGCCGCGAGGACCUGGAUGUCAUUGGACUGUCCUUUAGGAAAGACAUCUGGGUCAAGCACAUCCAGUUGUACCCUGAUGCUGGCCACAAACCCAACCUCACUCCCAUGCACGUUUGCCUGCUCAAGAAGGCAGGAGAGCAGGGCCAUGCCUUCACUUUCGAUAUUGCCACAAACCUUCCCUGCUCUGUCACACUCCAGCCAGGACCAGAAAAUGCUGGAAAGGCUUGCGGUGUGGACUUUGAAGUCAAGACGUACAUUGCAACUGAGGCAGACCCCGAAGAGAAACUUGAUAGGAAAGACACUGCCCGCAUGACCGUCCGUAAGAUCCAGUUUGCCCCAGACGCGACUGGUGCUCCUGGGCCCAAGGCUGACAUCUGCAAGAGCUUCAUGAUGUCUGACAAGCCUGUCCACCUACAGGCCUCUCUGGAGAAGGAGAUCUACUAUCAUGGAGAUCCGAUCGACGUCAACAUCAAAGUCAAAAAUGAAACCUCCAGAACAGUGACAAAAAUCAAAAUCAUAGUUGAGCAGACUACAGACGUGGUUCUCUACUCCGCAGACAAAUACACCAAAACCGUACUUUCUCAAGACUUUGGAGAGACAAUAGAUGCCAAUAGCACAUUCGAUAAAUCCCUUGCCAUCACCCCCCUACUGGCUGAAAACAAGAAGAAGCGCGGUCUGGCGCUGGACGGCAGACUGAAGGACGAGGACACGAACCUAGCCUCCAACACUAUUAUUAGAGCCGGUAUGGAUAAGGAAGUGUUGGGAAUCUUGGUCUCCUACAAAAUCAAGGUCAACUUGAUGGUGUCUUCAGGAGGCUUGUUGGGAGGUCUCACAGCCAGUGACAUACAGGUGGAGCUCCCGCUGAUUCUCAUGCAUCCCAAACCCCAAGCGUUGGAUUUCUAUGUCGCUGCAGCCCCACAGCUCAGCCGGGUCAGAGUGGCUGCAGCAGCUAUCAUCGUGAUGGGCUACCUCUUACUGCUGCUCCCAGGAGACUGGGAUGACAGUGUUGUCCACUGGAUAGAGGGUUUGUAG